UUCGUUUUUAAUAGCAUUCGAACUCUUAAAAUUCGUAGUGUGAAAAUCGGUGACAGUGUCAAUGUUUACUGUUUAUCUUGCGAUACUUUAAUGGUUAAAUGGACGUUUUAUAAUAGUGACAGAACAGUGAAGAGUUGUUAACUAAGGACUGUGGAUGUCUCGAAGAUUAACAAACCAUUUUAUUUUAUACAUUGAACUAACCGAGUCAGAAUACAAAUACAUAUUUCAAUCGGAUUAACAGUUAUCAACUUUGGGCGAAUUAAUACAAAUAAAGCAUGUGUUAUCUAUCAUGCCACUGACUGAUAGCUAGAUAGCGGGAUUUACUUACAGUUGGAAUAGCGCUGAACGGUCCGGCUAGGAUUCGAACCCGAACCGGCAAAGUGGCGAUUGAGAACCUUUCCAUGAUGCAGAUGUGCGCGGGAUGUCAGUGUCCAAUCAUAGACCGGUAUCUGCUCAACGUGCUUGACCGCACGUGGCACGUGCAGUGUGUCCGAUGCACGGAUUGCGCAUGCGCACUGACGGACAAGUGCUUUUCUAGAGACGGAAAGCUCUACUGUAGAAAUGAUUUCUUUAGGCGAUAUGGCACCAAAUGUGCCGGAUGUGGACAAGGCAUAUCCCCGAGCGACCUCGUGCGUCGUGCACGUGACAAAGUGUUUCACCUGAAGUGUUUCACGUGCAUGAUAUGCCGGAAGCAGCUAUCAACCGGCGAAGAGCUUUAUGUCGUCGGAGAAAACAAAUUCUUGUGUAAAGAAGACUAUAUUCAAAACAAACUCGAAGGUUCCGACGAAGAAGACUCUAUGGACUUCGACAGCACAAUGGAAAGUCAUGAUGGAGAUAAAGAUGUGUUCGCGGACGACAAGUUUCUAAUUAAAAACAAUGGCAUCGGUGAGAUCAACCACAAUGAUAGUGCAGUGAAAUCAGAAAACAACAUAGAUGAAAGUAACAAUUCAAAACUAUCUUCACCGAUAAAAUUAGAAAAUAAUUUACUCAGCGACCAAGUUUCUUUAAAAAUGGAAAACGGUGUUAAUAAAUUAAUGUCUUUAAACGACCAAAUUCCGCAGUCGCCGCACAGCCCGGAUAUGAACAUGAACUGCAGUACAACAUCCGGUCCAGGCAGCGACGAGAGCGUCGACAUCAAUGACAAUAUAUCUUGUGGGGACGCCAACGAAGACGCCGAUGGGAACGAAGCAAACGGAAGCCACUCGGGUCCCGGAAGUAAGCGACGGGGGCCGCGAACAACAAUCAAGGCCAAGCAGUUAGAGGUUCUCAAGGCGGCGUUCAACGCGACACCGAAGCCGACGCGUCACAUCCGGGAACAGCUUGCGUCCGAGACCGGACUGAACAUGCGUGUAAUUCAGGUUUGGUUCCAAAACAGACGGUCCAAGGAGCGCCGAAUGAAGCAGCUGAGCGCGCUGGGAGCCAGACGACACUUUUUCCGGGGACCGCGACGACGAGCGCUCCGGGGAGACAUCGACGAGUCGGAAAUGAUGGGCCCUGGCUUCGGAUACUACAAUGACGGGGACCCGGAAAUGUACGGCAACUUCCCUCCCUAUGCUAACUUCUACCACGGACAGGGCCAGGGGCCUGAUAUGGGACCCGUGGGCAUUGGCUACAUGGUCCCCAACCCCCGGAGAACACCUCCGGGUAUGGAUCCUGGCAUGAUGAACGCGAGGGUCAGUUUAGUGGGUGAAGGCCACUAUAUGCACGGCGACCUUCUUCCGCCCUCUUCCUCGCCCGACUCCUUGCACAACAUGCACCCCGAGGACCAGUACAUGUCCGGUGGGCCCGGCAGACCCAUGGGACCGCCAUUCUCAUCUGCACCGCCGUUUUCUGCCGCUUCCUCGCUUAUGACGUUUCCUGGUCGACCGGAGAUGACGUCAGAAGUUUGGGGCUGAUAUUAUGCGUCGAUAUUUUAAUGGGACUGAUGAUGACGCAUCGGUAUAAACAUAAUGCUUUUGUCCGCUUGCUCGGAUGUUGCGAUUCUCCCUCAACAGUGGAAAUGACAUCAUUGGGGGCUUUUAGAUGCCGUACACAAUGUAAGACGUCAAUUAUAAAAUAAGUGAGCAUAAGAAAGACUCGAGAAAGCAAGAUUAGACUGACAUCAGUUGGAAGUCGGAAGUUAUAAGACAAUUUGUUUAUCAUUGUCGUUGUUCAAGGACGAAAUGCCCCGAAGAUAUCCAAAGAAAUCCGAAGUUGUUCAGUUUUUGCCAAGUGAUAUAUUGUGGUCUGCUGUAUGUGAGACUGUAAUAGUGUUUUGUCUCUUGAAUGUUUGCGGGAAAAGAAAGAAAUUAUUGUGCUAUUUGAUUAAGUUUAUUUAUUGUUCUUCUCAUUUCCCAAAUAAAGCUUUAAUCGUUGUCAGAUUGGUAUAUAUUGUUCCUAAAAUUGUUAUAAAAUUCGAUGGAAAUACAUGUAUCAUUGAUG